GAAUUAAUUCAACAUGUGCGCCUAAAAGUUUGAUAUCCUGUUGAAUUAUCUAUAAACGUAAGUUAGGUACUUGGUUAAAACUAAAUACAUUCGUUGCUACAAAUAAUGCAAAUGCGUUGUUUCUUUAAAGGUUAUUGUAACUUUUCAGGUAGUAACUUUUAAAGGUGUGUUUAUGUUAAUAAAAUUUCAAAGGAUCAAUUGAAUAAAUUAAACGAUUAAGAACACUCGUACAUGUAAAUGAAGCCGACGAAGCUUUCAAAUUUACACGAAGUACUUUUUGAAAACUUUGUACUUAUACGAGACGAGUAACAUGUUUAAAGGCUGUUGUUAUUAAUCGAACUAGGAAGUGUUUCAAUAAUUUUUUACCUUUUUAAAACUCUGGCCAUAACUUUUACGUCAGAUUUAACGUUAAAACUUCGACAAUGCGGGCAAUUCACGUUGUUAGUUGUUUGUUAGUUGUGCUGCUGCUUGGUGCUCUGGUUGAAAGCAGCGCAAAAGGAUGCUGGGAGGAUUGGAGCAGAUGCACGCCCGGCACAAUGAAGUUGACUGGAAAAGCAUGGCUGCCGUGUGACAGCUACUGCAAAAUUUGCUACAAAGCUGACGGUGGGAAGUGUGUUAGUGCUCCUAGCAAAAAUUGUCCCAAUGUGCUGAAGAACAACAGAAGAUGCGAUUGCAUCAACAAAAGAAGAAGCAAGGAUUUGAAGAAUCCUGCCUGCUGGGCAUAAUUUUCCGGAGAUAAUUCAAAUUUGCAGAAACUUUUAAACAACUUUUGUUUGUCACUGGAGCAAAAUGUGUUCCCAAUAAUUAUUUUUAUUUUUCUAUUAACUUUUUUAAGAUUUUGAAUAAAAGUUUAGUUCUAUCUUCA